UGCAAUAAGGUCACGAGACCUACCCUCGAGCAGGAAUCAAUCAGCCGAUCUCCGCCAUUUGCCCAUAUCGCGCCCCAUCUAUCGCAGCGAUUCGGGGCGCCCAGGUCAGGUACAAUCGGCACUGUAUCACUCUGUCAGAGCUCUCGGCGCUCUCUUCCAGCGCCCAUCUCCGCUGAGGUGGGGCAGACCUUUCCCCUUGGUCAGCCGCAAAGCAGUACAAGAUGGGAGCAUUCUGCUGCAAGCCGGACCCGAUUGAUUUCGAGGGUCCAGUAGAUCUAUAUCACUUCUAUCUUCUCAGAGCCGUGGGCAAAGGAGCCUUUGGCAAAGUCAGAGUGGUGCAGCACAAACAGACAAAGAGCCUCUAUGCUCUGAAAUACAUCAACAAGACGAAAUGCGUCAGGAUGCGGGCCGUGUCAAACAUCAUCCAGGAGAGACGGUUGCUCGAGGAGAUCGAGAGCCCAUUCGUCUGCAAUUUGAGGUAUGCGUUCCAGGAUGAUGAGAACAUGUUCAUGGUCAUCGACUUGAUGCUCGGAGGGGACCUGCGUUUCCACCUCGAGCGGUCAGGCAACAUGAAGGAAGAUAUCGUCCGCUUCUACGUCGCCGAGCUAGCCUGUGCUUUGGACUACCUACACAACCUGCAAAUCGUUCAUCGGGACAUCAAGCCAGACAAUGUUUUGCUCGACGAGAAGGGCCAUGCUCACCUGACGGACUUCAACAUAGCUGUUCAUUUCUCUCCUCGGCGUCCUCUCACAUCCGUCGCAGGCUCAAUGGCAUACAUGGCUCCGGAGGUCCUGACGAAGAGGGGCUAUCUGUCUUCUGUGGACUGGUGGUCAUUAGGCGUUCUCGCCUAUGAACUGCUUUUCGGUCGCCGGCCAUUCAACGGCAAAACGAAUUCUGCGUUGACACAUUCGAUCAUGAACGACCGGUGUAGCUUCCCAGACAACGUCGAUGAGCUUGUCUCUCGCGAGACUGUCAGCUGUAUUCGCGGCAUGCUUGAGAGGGACACUCGCAAGCGUAUGGGUUGUAAAGGUGGCUUGGCAGACUUUGUUGCACAUCCCUGGUUCGCCUCCAUCGACUUCAAUGCUCUACAACGGAAGCAGAUCACACCGCCUUUCGAGCCAGACUCGAAGAAGGCCAACUUCGAUGCCACACAUGAGUUGGAGGAGCUUCUAUUAGAGGACAACCCCCUGAAGGCGAGGAAGAGGGACGAGAAGAGGGAUAUCAACACCCUGUCUCCGGAACUCAAACAGAUGGAGUUGCACUUUCUGCCAUUUGAUCACCUGAAGCAAGUCAGACGAUCGUACUUCAAAAGUCCCCGCAAAGAUGGCGAGUCUUCGCAGCAGUCACCCUCCUCUCCGCAACCUCGCCGACAAAACCUGCAUAUGCUUGGAGGAGAAGACACUUCCACGCAACAGACUGCCUCUGGUGCGUACACGUUGCAGGAUCAGCCACUGGCAGAGAUGGGAUCGCAGAUCGGGACCGGUGUGGCAGGGGCCAGUGGCCUGCUGCAUCCGCAUCCUACAUCGGGUCCGGGGAGUGUAGGUCAUUCCGGUGCAAAUCCUACCGCUUAUGCCAAUGGGCUUCCUUCGCCACAAGGAUCCGCCUCUGGGCACGACAGCUAUCGUCAUGCUGGCGGUAAAGCGGACGAGGACGCCGUCGAGAUGAUCUCUCCGCAUCGAGAGGAGCAGGAGCACGAGCAUGGGCAGGGUAGACGUAGUCAUGUUGCAAGCACCCACAGCCUCAGCCAUAGCCUUGUAGGAUCGCAAAAUGGCUACCCCAUGCAGGACAUGUCGUCUGCCGCUGCCCAUCCUCCGCCGCGGUAGACGAUGUAGACAGACGCAGCAGAUAAAGAGACAGGUAGAUGGAUGGGAGCAAAAGAAGGACGGACCACCUACCUCCUCCUCCUCCUCCACUUUUGCACUCAUGCACUUCAUGACGUACGUAGGUAGAAUGUGUCACCAGAAGAUUUCCAUUUUCAUCUCUACACGCCGCCCUUUCCUUUCAACGACGAUUCCUCCCUAAAAGCGAUUGCCUCCCCGUCCAAGACCACUCGACUUCCUCAUGUCUCACACGCUCCUUCUUUCUCGUCAAAAUCAAUACCCACCUUUACCUUGCCUUGUUC